CUCCGUAUGUCCAUGACCAUAGAAAUAUAUAUAUAUGUAUCUACGUCUAUUAUUACUAUGUAGUAUACGCUUGUCUUGCAUCUGGUCGAUCUGGUGUAAGCUGGUGUAAGUAGUAUACGAAUACGGUAUACCGAAGACCGAACGCUGUUUGCUUAUGUGGUCUAUGGCUACUAUACUAUACUUAUAAGGUUAAAGUAUACUCAAGAGAGUUAUUGUGCACAUCUACGUCGUUGAAGUGCGAUUUGGAAAUAAGUGAAGAUACUUUUGAGUCCGUCAUACGUUCGACGUCGACGUAUGCACGAAAGCAACCCUCAUCAUGACUCAGUUCCUGCCGCCAAACUUGCUAGCUCUUUUUGCGCCCCGUGACCCGAUCCCGUAUCUUCCUCCAGUUAACAAACUACCCCAUGAGAAGAAAACUUCUGGCUAUGUCGGCAUAGGCUCCUUCCUCGAGCACUUUGAGGAUCCCAAAAAUACACCACCCCCUGUACGAGUUGAAACUCGUGAAGAAAGAUUAGAACGUCGAAGAAGGGAAAGAAAUGAACAAGUGGCCUAUAAAUUGGAGCAAGAAAUUGCCGUUUGGGAUCCCGCUGGUGUUCCAAACGUCACUGCGGACCCUUUCAAAACGCUGUUUAUAGCUAGAAUAAACUAUGAUACAUCGGAAUCAAAAUUGAGACGUGAAUUCGAAGUUUAUGGCGCUGUUAAAAAGAUUGUCGUCGUUCAUAACUCAGUAAAUGGAAAACCACGCGGUUACGCGUUCAUAGAAUAUGAACACGAGCGUGAUAUGCAUUCCGCUUAUAAGCAUGCCGAUGGUAAGAAAAUAGAUGGUCGCCGAGUGUUGGUGGACGUGGAGAGGGCUCGAACGGUCAAGGGCUGGCUGCCACGACGGCUUGGGGGAGGAUUAGGUGGUACGCGCCGCGGAGGCCCCGAUGUCAACAUCAAGCACUCGGGUCGGGAGGACAAUGAACGGGAACGUGAACGUUACAGGCUAGAGCGCGAGCGCGAGGCCGUCCGCGGCGCAGACAGAGACAGGGAUCGAGAUCGAAUCGAAAGAGAACGCAGAAGGUCCCGGGAAAGAAAACGCCGUUCAAGGAGCAGGUCACGUGAUCGCAAGCGUCGGCGAAGCCGCGAGCGGGUGCCAGAGCCCGAGAUCGAGGAGAUUGAACGUCCUCGAGAACGUCGCGAACGCGACAGAGAUCGUAAGCGCCGGCGUUCUAGAAGUGUCGAGCGUGAGCGAUUUUCGGAGCGCGAGCGCAGGCGAGACAAGCGUGAUCGGGAGCGUGAUCGGGACCGCGAUCGUCGCGAGCGUAAAGAUCUCAAAGACAGGCCCGAACGUAACCAUCCUCUUGACGAAGACAACAAAGAUGCCAUUAGGAUCAAGGAGGAGCCACUUGAUGAUUACCCUGACUACAACAUGUACUUUGCUCAAGUCAAGUAUGAACAGGACGCCGAUCAACCAGAAGAAAAGUACAGGAUUCCCGACAGUCGAUCUGACCAAACGUCGUACAAUUACGAUUCUAUUCCUGAUUAUUAAACUAAACUAUUUUUCCUCUUUCCUAUCCCUUUCCUUCGACCUACU